UAGCCAAUAGCCUGGUCUCAUUCUGCUCUAGACGUACUGCUGGCAUAUAUGUAUAUAAAACCCUUUCGAAGCCUGGAUCCCUUUUACAUUCGGGCCUUGGCAUCCUUUCCUCUGCCAGCACUCCUAUUGCAUUCCAUUGCUCUGUGCCUGACUGCAAAAUUUUGCUUCAGCCAUGUCACACACUGCUGUACAAGGAAGUAUGGGUAGUCGCUAUGCCACAGGAAAGAGCUCCCACAGAAUAUAUCUGUUUGAGUAUGAGAAUUUCCAAGGGCGCAUGAUGGAGCUGAGUGGAGAGUGUCGUAACAUCUGUGACAAGGGUUUCAAUCGUGUGGGCUCCAUCAGAGUGGAGUGUGGGCCAUGGGUAGGUUUUGAACAACAGGAUAUGACCGGUGAGAUGUUCAUGCUUGAGAGGGGCGAAUACCCACGCUGGGACACUUGGUCCAACAGCUACCGUUGUGAUCGUCUCAUGUCUGUCCGGCCCGUUAGAAUGGACCCACAGGACCAUAGGAUCUGCCUGUAUGAAUGCAUGAACUUUGAUGGUCGUAAGAUGGAGGUUUCUGAUGAGGACAUCCCAAGUUUGUGGUGCUACGGCUUCCAGGACAGAGUCGCCAGCAUUCAAGUAAAUGGUGGAACGUGGGUUGGAUAUCAGUAUCCAGGCUACCGUGGAUAUCAGUACCUGUUUGAAUUUGGAUCCUACAAACACUGGAAUGAAUGGGGCGCACAUCACCCCCAGAUCCAGUCUGUGCGAAGAGUAAGGGACAUGCACACGCAUCCCAGAGGCUGCUUCGAGAUGGCAUAAGGAACGACAAACAGCAUGGACAGGUG